AAAAUUCAUCAGCCACGAUUGACCGUAUAUAAAAGGAGAAAGAUGGUAACCGACAAACCACAAGUAAAUCCAGAAUCAUCUUGAAUUGUCAAAUAUCUUAGGAUAAAGACGAAAAUGUUGAGUUCGGUUGUAGUCGCUACUCUCCUAGCCUGUGUCUCUGCUACAUUCUACAAAGGAGGUUUUGGACCUCAGUCUGGAUAUCAGAAAUUCGGAGGGUAUGGACCAAUGAACUCCAACAUUGGCAUGAUGGGAUAUGGAAAUCAGUACGACAUGUUCAAUGGUAGAUAUCCAAGUGGCGGAAUUGGCGGAUUUCAGAACCGCGGUGUAAUGGGUGGAUACCAGAAAGGUGGAAUCGGAGGAUAUUUCAAAGGUGGAAAUGGUGGAUAUCAGAAAGGUGGAAUUAUAGGACAUUUCAAUGCAGUAAAUGGUGGAUAUCUUAAAGGAAUGAUGGAUUCUGGAUUAUAUCCAUCUGGGUUUGAAGGAUGGAACAAUCAUGGCGCUGUUUUAGGAAUGGGGAUGGAAGGUUUCGGAAGUUAUCCAAUAUUUGGAAACAACGGAUUCGGAAAAAUUGGAGGUGCAUAUGGUAUCAAAGGAUUUAAGAAAGGAAGCUAUUAAAUGAAACACGAGAAAGGAUGAAGACACACCGAGACUGAAGACAACAGAAUAUUCGAGAAAAUACUCAAUUAUUUAUGUUUAUUUUUUAUAAUAAAUAUUUUGAUCUCAUUUAAAA